AUGAACACCAUCUGCCGAUGCAAUCCCGACCCUACGUCAUGCGCCAACAAACCACAUUUCGUACGGAUGGACCUUGAUGAGAAAGUGGAGUCCUACUUUCUCCAUAUUGUCUACGAGGCCUGUCAAUGCUAUACUGACCCCGUCGACCUCUGCACCGCCAUCAAGCAGUGUCUCGAUCAGAAGUUCGGUCCCAUGUGGCAUGUUGUUGUGGGUCCCGAAUUCGGCAGCAAGCCUCACUUCCUUCGACGAUCUCUUGACCCCAAUGUGGAGUCUGAUUUCCUCUACUAUGUGCGCCAGGCCUAUCAGAAUUACGACGAUCCAGAGGAAAUGUGCACGGCGUUGAAAACGCGCCUCGAUGAAAAAUAUGGUCCAACUUGGCACGUCAUUGUUGGCGACUACUUUGGAAGCCACUUCGAGCACGAACCGAAAGGCUUCUGCUAUAUUACGUACCAAGGCCUCUCUUUCCUUAUGUUCAAGUUCGGCUAA